AUGUCUCUUCCUCGACAACUGCGAGAAAAGAGUGACUUUGAUCAGCUUCCAGAUGAUGUACCUGUUUCAGCUAACAUCGCAGACAUUGAAGAGAAGAAAGGUUUUACUAAUUAUUUUAUGUUUGUCAUUGAAGUGAAGAUUAAAGGCGGUGGCAGAUACCUGAUUUUCCGCCGCUACCGUCAGUUCUAUGCCCUUCAUGCCAAACUAGAAGAGAGAUACGGGGCAGAGAGCAAAAAUAGUCCUUUUACCUGCACACUCCCCAUACUUCCAGGGAAGGUUUAUGUUGGGGCCAAAAAGGAGAUUGCUGAGAACAGGAUCCCUAUCCUAAAUGCCUACAUGAAGAACCUACUCUGCCUACCCAUCUGGGUGUUGAUGGAUGAAGAGGUGCGACUGUUUUUCUACCACUCAACCUUUGAUAGUGAACAGGUGCCUCAGAGACUGAGACGGCUUCGCCCACGGACACGCCGAGUUAAAAGCGUUUCACCCCAGUUGCCUAGUUUUGACCGCACAGCAACUCCACGGGCUGAGGCACUGUUUGAUUUUUCUGGAACCAAUAAACUGGAACUUAGCUUUAAGAAGGGGGACUUGAUCUAUCUACUCAGCAGAAUAAACAAAGACUGGUUGGAGGGAACAGCUCAUAGUGCCACUGGGAUUUUCCCUUGUGCUUUUGUGAAGAUCAUAAAAGAUUUGCCACAGCAGGAAGACACAGUUAAUAGAGUACGCUGCUAUUACCAUGAGGAGACAGUGAGCACUAUCAGGGAUAUCUUGGUGGAAGAGGAUCUAAGCACCAUUCCAUUAUUCAAAGAUCUAAUGGAAUUAAUAAGGCGGGAGUUUGACCAAGACGACAUUAUUUUGAAUUACCGGGACCUUGAUGGUGAUCUGAUCCGGCUUCUCUCUGAUCAGGAUGUUGAACUCAUGGUGUCUCAGAGCAGAAGGAAGCCCACUGAGAAGCAUAUCUUCCCUUGGAAAUUGCACAUCACUCACAAGGAUGACUUAAGUGUCUACAACACUAAUCCAGGAAUAGAUGCUAUUCAAACAGUAAGAGCAACACGACCACUAUAGAGAGAUGUUCCAGUAGGCAUAUAUGUCAUUCUUCUGUGAUUUCCUCUCUGCAUAUAAUUUCCUUUAACAAGUUUUUGAGGUGA